UAUUAUUGCAUUUAUUCUUUUUAUCAUUUUCCUAUUAAAUUAUAAUUCUGACUUGCGAUCUCUCACUGGUUUGAUUUCAAACUAGUACAUAUUUUGGCGCCCAACGUGGGGCAUUAACCUGAGAGAAAGUCAGAAUUGCAAUUUCAUAUUAACAGAAACCUAUCCACCAUGGUGGUUGGCUUGUCUAUAUGGGUACUGUAUCUUGCUCUCUAUAUUUUCCCUCACAUGGGGAACUACUUGCCUGUUGUAUUGCUCCUGUUGAGACCAGGGAAUGGUAUGAGAAUUGCUUUAUUGGUUUAUUAUGCUUAUGGCAUGAUAACCUGUGAGGCAAUGAAUACCAUUCGGAAUAUAUACUCAAUUUUGUUUGCUUGUCCUAGUCUGGGCUGCUACAUCUGAGACCUUCUCAACAAUCGCACCCUGCCCUUGGUGGGAAGAGUGGAGAGUGGUUUCUUCCAGCCUUUCAGGUCAGGCACAGCAGUUUUUAAAAAUAUUGAGUUCUCUCUGGAUGCCAAGGACAGCCUAGUCUUGCUGUUUUGUUUUCUCUGCAUGGCCUGCACCAUGUACACCAUGCUUAGAAACAAAGCACUGUUUGGUGUGGUACAGCGUCUUCUUGAGGAAGAAGAGAAAAGAACCAAGAGCAGAGCAACAGCAUCCAUGACCACACAGACUGCCACAGAGGAGAAAGGAAACCAAGAGCAAAGCCAACAGCAUCCGUGUCCACUCAGACUGCCACAGAAGAGAAAAGAACCAAGAGCAAAACAACAGCGUCCAUGUCUACGCAGACUACCACAGAAGAGAAAGGAACCAAAAGGGCCAUGAGCACCUCCACACAAACAGUCACCGAACCAGAGCAGCCUAAACCGGUAGAAGUUGCCCCCAUUCAGAAAAAGAAAUCAAAAAGCAAAUCAGUCCGCAUAGUGACUGAUGAGGGUGAGGCAGGACCUUCACACGCAGCGGAGGAGACAGAACCAGAGAUUAUCACUCGCUCUCUAUCCCUAGGUGAGCUGCGUGACCUGCGGAGGGAAUUCACCCGCCAGACGAACGAGUCCAUCCUAACCUGGCUGCUCCGCAUCUGGGACGCUGCAGCAAACGACACCAUCCUGGAUGGAAGUGAGGCCAGGCAACUGGGAUCGCUGUCCCGGGAUGUGGUCAUUGACCAGGGGAUUGGGAGAACCCAAGAAACUCUCAGCCUCUGGAGGCGACUGCUGACAAGUGUAAGGGACAGAUACCUCUGCAAAGAAGACCUCCAGGUGCACCAGGGAAAAUGGAGCACAAUGGAACAGGGUAUCCGAUGCCUGAGGGAGUUGGCUGUGCUGGAGAUCAUUUUUGCAGAAGAUGAGAGAUUUCCUAAGAGCCCAGAUGGUGUCCAGUGCACGUCACAGAUGUGGCUGAGAUUUGCACGGCUUGGACCAGAGAUGUACUCCCGUUACCUGGCAACACUGCAAUGGAGGGAAGGAGCAUGGAGAAGACAUGAGGAAGUGGGAUGGAAAACCCACCUCCUCCUUAGCAGCCCGGGUACGUGAACUAAAAAGAGGGACAACUACCACAAGGAGCUCAUCUAGAGCCAGCGCCGCUCCGGUCUCUCGUGGCCAGAACAUCAGAAGGUAUAGAAAUGAUGAUAUGAGUGAUCCUCUUGAAGAGACAUCAAGAGCAUAUUCACCGGAGGAGAGCAACGUGCACCAUGACCAGGAUUAGAGGGUCCCUGCCUCUAGCCAGGUAGAGGAGAGGGACAACCGGAUCUAUUGGACAGUGUGGAUCCGAUGGCCUGGCACAUCUGACCCACAAAGAUAUACGGCUUUGGUUGAUACCGGCGCUCAAUGCACUCUAAUGCCAUCAAGGUAUGUGGGAGCGGAACCCAUUUCUAUUUCUGGGGUGACAGGGGGAUCCCAGGAGCUCACGGUACUGGAAGCUGAAGUGAGUUUAACUGGGAAUGAGUGGCAGAAACACCCCAUCGUGACUGGUCCAGAGGCCCCAUGCAUCCUCGGCAUAGAUUACCUCAGGAACGGGUACUUCAAAGACCCAAAAGGUUAUCGCUGGGCUUUUGGGAUAGCUGCUCUAGAGACAGAAGGCAUCAGACAACUGAGUACCUUGCCUGGUCUCUCAGACAACCCUUCUGCUGUGGGACUACUGAGAGUUGAAGAACAACAGGUACCAAUUGCCAGAGCAACAGUGCACCGUCGGCAAUACCGCACCGACAGAGACUCUGUGGUCCCCAUCCAUACGAUGAUUCGUGAGCUGGAGAGCCAAGGGGUGGUCAGCAAGGCUCGUUCACCCUUUAACAGCCCCAUAUGGCCAGUGCGUAAGUCCAGUGGAGAAUGGAGACUGACGGUGGAUUACCGUGGACUGAAUGAAGUCACGCCACCACUGAGUGCAGCCGUACCAGACAUGCUGGAGCUUCAGUAUGAGCUGGAAUCCAAGGCAGCAAAGUAGUACGCGACCAUUGAUAUUGCAAAUGCGUUUUUCUCCAUUCCUCUGGCAGCAGAGUGCAGGCCUCAGUUUGCCUUCACCUGGAGGGGUGUGCAGUAUACCUGGAACCGAUUGCCCCAGGGGUGGAAGCACAGUCCUACUAUCUGCCAUGGACUGAUCCAGACUGUGCUAGAAAAGGGUGAGGCUCCAGAACACCUGCAGUACAUUGAUGACAUCAUUGUGUGGGGGAACACGGCAGCAGAAGUAUUUGAGAAGGGACAGAAGAUCAUCCAGAUUCUCCUGAAGGCUGGUUUUGCCAUCAAGAGGAGCAAAGUCAAGGGACCUGCCCGGGAGAUCCAGUUCCUGGGGGUAAAGUGGCAAGAUGGACGGCGUCAGAUUCCCACUGAAGUCAUCAAUAAGAUCACUGCGAUGUCUCCACCGACCAACAAGAAGGAAACACAAGCUUUCCUAGGUGCCAUAGGCUUUUAGAGAAUGCACAUUCCUGAAUAUAGCCAGAUUGUGAGCCCUCUCUACCUGGUUACCCGCAAGAAGAACAAUUUCCAUUGGGGCCCUGAACAGCAACAAGCUUUCGCCCAGAUCAAGCAGGAAAUCGCUCAUGCGGUAGCCCUUGGUCCAGUCAGAACGGGGCCAGAAGUGAAAAACGUGCUCUACUCUGCAGCCGGGAACAAUGGUCUGUCCUGGAGCCUUUGGCAGAAGGUGCCUGGUGAGACUCGGGGUCGACCACUGGGAUUCUGGAGCCGAAGCUACAGAGGAUCCGAGGCCAACUACACCCCAACAGAGAAGGAAAUUUUGGCCGCCUAUGAAAGAGUCCAAGCUGCCUCAGAGGUCAUUGGUACUGAGCGCAGCUGCUUCUGGCACCCCGACUGCCGGUGCUGGGGUGGAUGUUCAAGGGAAAGAUUCCUUCCACGCAUCAUGCCACCGAUGCUACUUGGAGCAAAUGGAUUGCCCUCAUUACACAGCGUGCCCGUAUUAGAAACCUGAACCGCCCUGGGAUUCUGGAAAUUAUAACAAACUGGCCUGAAGGUGAGACUUUUAGAUUAUCUUCUGAAGAAGAAGAGCAAGUGACACGUGCUGAGGAAGCCCCACCAUAUAAUGAGCUACCGGAGAGUGAAAGACGAUAUGCCCUCUUCACCGAUGGUUCCUGCCGAAUUGUAAGCACUAACCGGAAAUGGAAAGCUGCUGUAUAGAGCCCCACACGACGAGUUGCACAAGCUACCGAGGGAGAGGGUAGAUCGAGUCAGGUCGCAGAACUUAAAGCUGUCCAGCUGGCUUUAGAUAUUGCUGAAAGAGAGAAGUGGCCGAGGCUCUAUCUCUACACUGACUCCUGGAUGGUAGCUAAUGCUCUGUGGGGAUGGCUGGAUCGCUGGAGAAAAGCCAACUGGCAGCGCAGAGGGAAACCCAUCUGGGCCGCUGAGAUUUGGCAGGACAUCGCCGCUCGGGUGGAGAAGCUGAUCGUGAAGGUUCGACACGUAGAUGCUCAUGUACCCAAAAGUCGGGCUAAUGAAGAGCACCGUAACAAUGAGCAGGUGGAUCGAGCUGCCAAGGUGAAAAUAUCACAGGUGGAUCUGGACUGGCAGCACAAGAGAGAAUUAUUUUUAGCUCGUUGGGCCCAUGAUGCCUCUGGUCAUCAGGGACGAGAUGCAACGUACCGAUGGGCUCGUGAGCGAGGGGUGGACCUUACUAUGGACAGCAUCUCACAGGUUAUCCACAACUGCGAGACCUGCGCUGCAA